AUGCAGACGGCGCCACCGACGCAGCAGCGACGCACCUUUUCGCGCGCGAACGGUGCCGAUGGAACAGCUGUUCCACGCUUGGUGGCGUCCGAGGAACGCCACCGCAAGAACAUGCAGCAAAUCCAGCAAUUGAAGCAGGCACUCUGCUCUACCGUCAGUGCGGCUGCUGCGCCAUGCAUGUCUGCGCCGUCGUCGCGAGGUUGGUCACUACCCUCGUCUACUCUCUCAGUACCACCGCUUUCCAACCCUUCCUGGAUGGCGCCCUUCUUCGAGAGCCCCAGCGGCGUUGUGGCCUCGCUGUCUCAGAGAAACGGGGCAACGGUGCCGGUGUCACGCCGGUCGGCGUGGACCCCCGCAUCAGCGGCCGCAUUGCGCGAGAGCCAUCAGGAGGUGGAACGACUCGUGCAGGAGCGCAACAAGCUGCAGCAACAGUGUGUAGAGUGGGCGAGUCUUCUUGGCGAGGCGUCCCAUUGCGCUGCAGAGAGCGCUGUCACAAACGCGCCACUUGUGUCUCACUCUGGUGUCGAGGCUGAUGCCUGGUCCCGGGUGCACCAGGCGGCGCUCGCAGUUGUGAGGCAGGCUACGCGCUGGUACCCCAGCGCACUACGCGAAGCGCGGAUCAAGUCGGAUUUAGUGGCGACCGAGGACACCAGCACACCACAGUCUGCCAGAUCCUCAGAGUUGUUUGAGCCACAUGAGGGUGAGCUGAGCGAGCCGCUCCUGCACGGCAAUAGUAGUCCACCGCUCACAACAGAGGAGCUGGCGGACGCGCUCCAUCGCCUGGCUGAGUUUCUGCCGAGCCUAGCUUCCACGAUGGCUACCAGCAAACUUGUUGCUGCCUCAGGGCCAGACCUGUUGCACCACAUCCGCACUCUCGAGGAGGAGAAGCGAAGCGACUGCCUCGUUGUGUUGUCCAUCAUAGACCAUCUCACUCAAGUCGCCACGCAGCUGCGACGAGAGUCUGCGGAGAAAGACGAGGCGCUACACGCAUUGCAGGAGACGGUGGAGGCGCUGAUGGAGGAGAAGUCGCAGUGGGCACGGCGCGCUCGGGAAAGUGAGGAGGCGCUAGCGGAGAGGUAUGAGCAGUACAGCCAAAGAGAGAAGGCCUGGGAGAGAGAAGUGACAGGGCUGCUGCAAUCACAACAUAAUGCGGAAGCUGCCUCCGCAGCACCAAUGGCUCUCCCCGCUUCCAUCGCAGUAGCCCCGGCAGACGGCAGCGGUGCUGCCUCGGCGACAGCGACGGCGACGGAGAUGGGGGAGAGACACAUCACACAGCUACAGCAGGAGCUUGACGCCAAGGAGGCUACCCUUGCGACUUUGGAGGUGGAGCAUCGUGCCCUACAGGCUACGCAUGCAGAGCUGCAAACUCACAGCCAACAAGCGGUGGCGUCUCACCAAAAGCGCAUUGCAGAGCUGGAAAGUCAGUUGAACCCACUGGAAGAGGAGCUGCAGGCCCAGGCUUGUAUCAUCGGAUCGACGCUGCGCAAGGUCGAGGACUUGUCGGUGGCGCAUCGGGCCGAGACAGCCGCCUUGAGAGAGUCCCAUAACGCGUUCCUAGCAGGGAAGGAGGUGGCACUUCUCAGCUUGCAAGAAGCCAAGGAGAGGAUUGAGGUGGAGCUGGCAGAGCGCACCGCGGACGCGGCGCAGAUGAGGGCGGAGCUAGAGGCCGCCCUUGGUAAGCUUUCAGCAGCCCAAGGUGCUUCAGACCGACCGGGUUCAUCUUCGUUGGUGCAUAACGGCGUCUCAGUGGGGAACUCGUCUGUGGUGGAGUCGACGGGCCUACUACGGCCCACAGGGCCCAGUGAAGACGAUGGCGCCGACGCGGCGCUUCAGAUGGAUGGGGCUAGCACCCCCGGCGAAUGCGAGAGGGCGAAGAAUGUCGGUGCAGAAGAUGCUGCAGAGUCGCCGACGAAGCUCGUGGACGUUCGAAAACUGCAGCAGUCGCUGAACCGGAUGAGUCGAGAGCGCACGGCCCUCAAGCGCAAGCUGGAGCAUCGUGCUGGUGCCCUUUCAGAGAUGGAAAGCGAGCUGGAGGCGGCGCUGCGGCUGGUGGCGCAGCGAGGCGUACAAGUGCAGUCACUCACCGCUGAGCUGGAGAGAGCAAAAGCCAUUGACACCUCGGCACCAGCAGACGCGAAAGCAGCAGAUGAGGACGGCGCCGGUGAGGAGGAGGCCGACGCGGAGACGUCGCUCCAGUUGAUGGACUUUUCGGAGCUGGAGCGAUACGAGGACGAAGGAACACUCUACCCCGAUCCGGUAGACUUGUCCGGGUGGCUGCUGGGACACGCUGAAGGCUCCUGGGUGCGGUUCUCCACCUACGUGCAGCACCACCUCAGCAAAAACGAGCAGCUGCGCAUCGCAGCAGUUGGCCCUCUGUAUCACAUCGGCUUUACCCUCCUUAAGAUGGAGGGGCUCGUGAAGCAGGAGGAUGACUCGUUGUGUCUCCCCAUGCCGUGGCGCCGGUUCCUGCUCCAACUGCAACAAGUGUUGGACGCACAGCUGCAGGCCACCGUGCUGAGCCCCGCCGAUUCGGCGAAGUGCUUCUAUGCACUGGCGAGUGGUGCGGGCUUGUUCGGCAACCUUGCUAGUCCUCCUCGAGACCCGCUGACUGGGUACUCGCUAAUUAUCGCUGCCUUGUGCGUGUGCCUGCGUACUCCAUCAGUGUCUACUUCGACCGAUAGUUCCUGCAAGUGGCACUGCUGUCAAGCAAUACUGCACCACGUAUCUCACUACGGGGACGGCAAGGCGGCGAGCCAAGCGGGACGCAGCAUCGCUGAUGCCGACUCGCAGGCGCCGGACAGUCUGUUUCUCGCCUUGUGCGCUGAGCUCCCAGCAGCGCCCGCAUUACCCGAAGAGGAUGCAGGAGACGAGGGUGCGACUGCAAGCGGCGGGGCAGCGUCCGUGCCCCUGCCGUGCUCGAUUCGCCUCGCCGCGCUCCUCACGAGCGACCUUCUGAGUGACCACCUCCCCAUAUCGCACUUGGCGUUGUGUGCUGCGGCCCUCUCUGACAUUGUCAACAGCAAAGUCGCACCUAUCGAGGGCCAGCUUCCCGCAAAUUCACAGACGGAAGCCGCGAAGAUCUCUGCGGUGGCGCGGCCGCGUUUGAGCUUCGCACAGGAGCGUGACGUCGCCCCGCUUCUGCUGUACGUGGCUCGCCACGAAUACCUUUUGUUUGGCUGGGCUCAAGAGAUGGCCGACGCAGCUGCCGAAGCUGAAGGUGACUCACCCAGCGGAGAUGGACACAGUACGGAUACUGCCUCCCUUACGUUAUCCUCACUUGGUGUCUCCGUGACAUGGCCGGCAUCGGCAACUGUGCAGAAGGCACCAUCUCGCUCAGCUGCAGUUGCUGCCCCUGCGACACCACCUGCCGAGGUGGAAUCGAUCACGCAACUGCUCAUCUUCCUGUGCACUGGGCUUUUGCCGGCUCUCGUGCUUGCCGUUCACCGCUGCCCUUCACUGGAACGGGAGUCGCAGCUUAUCGAUGCCUUCUUUCGCACGCGCCGUUUGCUCAUGGCGAAACGGACCGCACUUCUCGCGAAGAACUCUACAGAGGCAUCUGCCGCCUCGGGGGUGAUGCCGGGAGUUACGCUGCUGCUACCCGAAGCCCGACUGCGCAAUCUUGUAAACGCUGCACUGGCACCCAUCAAGCACACCGCGCCCUUUCCUGAGCGAGCGGUGCAGGUGCCGGUGGCGGAGUACGUGCGACUGCACCACGAGCUUCUGUCCCUGUACGAAACAAACGACACGUAUCACCGAUACAUUCAAGAGCUGCUGAGCGCGGCGGAUGCGGCAGAGGUGUUGCUGUGA